AUGGACAGAGCUCCAAAUACUCCAAGUCAAUCUGAGUAUUUGAUCUCUGAAAGUCAAGGACAACAUCUAGUACAGAAGACCCAAAGGAAGACAAUCAUGGACCUAUGUCAACAAGGGCUGGAAAUGAAUGGCAACUUCACAAAAUCAGAAAGCUGGAAUUCUGGUGCACAGAAACAACCAGUGAUGUCCUGUGAACAAAAUCACUCUGAAGUUGAAAAGAAGACACAGAAGAGAAAGAGAGAAGGAGGAGGCGAAAAGGAAGAAGUCGUAGAAGAGAAGUUGGAAAAGGAACAGGACAAGGAGGAGGACGAGAAAGAAAAGAAAAAUAAGAAUCAAUACCAGAAGAAAAAACUUGUCAGCAGACCCCUCAUGGACACUCUCUGGGCAAUGUUUAAAUUUAAAAAAAAUCCCACAUUUCUGGAUAUUUCAUCACUUGCAUUUGAAUUUAGCAUGACAGAGACUCAGCAUCUAGCUCUUAGGCUUCUUCAACUCAACAACAUGAGUGUGGAUCCAGCUUGUCCCCAAAGCCUGCUUGGCCCCGAAGCAUCCAACUCUAGGGAAUCUUCACCCAUGCCUGAAGAAAGUUACGCAUCCUUGCAAAUGUCAUCUGCUGACACCCUCGACACGGACACUGUUUCUCCUCUUCCUUCCUCCAUGGAUCUGCUUAUUCAGGAUAGUCCUGAUUCUUCCACAAGCCCCAGAGUGAAACCACUGCCUCCGUCUGCAGAGGAGAGCACAGAGAAGGAAGAGAACGUCCCAGUCAAGAAACAGAAGAUCAGGACUGUGUUCUCACAGACCCAGUUGUGUGUGCUCAAUGACAGAUUUCAGAGGCAGAAAUACCUCAGCCUCCAGCAAAUGCAAGAACUUUCCAACAUCUUGAACCUCAGCUACAAGCAGGUGAAGACCUGGUUCCAGAACCAGAGAAUGAAAUGUAAGAAAUGGCAGAAAAACAACUGGCCAAGGAAUAGCAAUGGCAUGCCUCAGGGCCCAACAACAGCAGAAUACCCAGGCUUCUAUUCCUACCACCAGGGGUAUUUGGUGAACUCUCCUGGAAACCUGCCCAUGUGGGGUAACCAGACCUGGAAUAACCCCACGUGGACCAACCAGAGCUGGAACAGUCAGUCUUGGAGCAACCACCCCUGGAACGAUCAGGCCUGGAGCCCCCAAGCCUGGAAUAACCAGCCUUGGAACAAUCAGUUCAACAACUACAUGGAAGAAUUCCUGCAGCCUGGAAUACAGCUCCAGCAGAAUUCUCCUGUCUGUGAUCUGGAGGCCACCCUGGGAACUGCUGGGGAAAAUUAUAACGUAAUACAGCAAACUGUCAAGUAUUUUAGUUCCCAGCAGCAAAUCACGGAUUUAUUCCCAAACUACCCUCUCAACAUACAGCCUGAAGAUUUGUAA